GGCGCGCCUGGCCCCUUGCUGCGAUUUGGCGGCGGCGGUGUAAGUCGGUGGUGGCGCCGGUACGCUUGGUCCCCGCGUGGAGCCUUUACUCAAAACAGCUUCUGCCUCAGGCCAAGAUGAGGAGCCCUUCAGAAUAGCUGCUGUCUCUGGGAGGACCCAGGCGUCCUUGGCAGCCCAGCUGCUCUGGACAGUCAGGCCAGUUGGGCCUCCGCUGGCAGGAACCAUGGCAGAGGCUGGGGAUGCUGCGCUGUCGGUGGCCGAGUGGCUGCGGGCAUUGCAUCUGGAGCAGUACACGGGGCUCUUUGAGCAGCAUGGCCUGGUGUGGGCCACUGAGUGCCAAGGUCUCAGCGACGCCCGCCUGAUGGACAUGGGCAUGCUACUCCCUGGCCACCGCCGCCGCAUCCUGGCUGGCCUGCUCCGUGCCCAUACUCCACCAGCCCCUGCACCCCGCCCCACCCCACGGCCUGUGCCCAUGAAGCGCCACAUCUUCCGCUCACCACCUGCACCCGCCACUCCACCCGAGCCGCUGCCCACCGCUACAGAGGAUGAGGGGCUCCCCACUGCCCCACCCAUCCCACCCCGGAGGAGCUGCCUUCCGCCCACCUGCUUCACCACUCCGUCCACAGCUGCCCCAGACCCUGUGCUGCCCCCACUGCCGGCUAAGCGGCAUUUGGCAGAGCUGAGUGUUCCACCCGUGCCGCCCCGCACCGGACCCCCCCGCCUGCUGUUGAGCCUGCCCACCAAGGAGGAGGAGUCACUGCUGCCAUUGUCAUCCCUUCCCCAGCCAGAGCCUGAGGAUCCCCAGUCCGCCCUCCCUCAGGGGCCUCCCCAGCCCCCCUCUCCACCUCCCUGCCCCCCUGAGAUACCUCCAAAGCCAGUACGCCUGUUCCCGGAGUUCGAUGACUCUGACUACGAUGAGGUCCCAGAGGAGGGGCCAGGGGCCCCAGCCAGAGUGAUGACCAAGAAGGAGGAGCCCCCACUGAGCCGAGUCCCACGGGCCGUGCGUGUGGCCAGUCUGCUGAGCGAGGGAGAGGAACUGUCUGGGGAUGACCAAGAGGAUGAGGAUGAGGAUGACCACGCCUAUGAGGGCGUCCCCAAUGGCGGAUGGCACACCAGCAGCCUGAGCUUGUCCUUGCCCAGCACAAUUGCUGCGCCACACCCCAUGGACGGGCCGCCUGGGGGCUCCACCCCCGUCACACCAGUCAUCAAGGCUGGCUGGCUGGACAAGAACCCACCGCAGGGAUCUUACAUUUAUCAGAAACGAUGGGUGAGACUGGAUGCUGAUCACCUGCGAUACUUUGACAGUAACAAGGACGCUUACUCUAAGCGCUUUAUCUCUGUGGCCUGCAUCUCCCGCGUGGCUGCCAUCGGGGACCAGAAGUUUGAAGUGAUUACAAACAACCGGACCUUUGCCUUCCGGGCAGAGAGUGAUGUGGAGCGGAAGGAGUGGAUGCAGGCCCUGCAGCAGGCCAUGGCUGAGCAGCGUGCCCGGGCCCGGCUCUCUAGCGCUUAUCUGCUGGGAGUUCCAGGCUCAGAGCAACCUGACCGCGCUGGCAGCCUGGAGCUUCGUGGCUUCAAGAAUAAGCUGUAUGUGGCCGUGGUCGGGGACAAAGUGCAGCUCUACAAGAAUCUAGAGGAGUACCACCUGGGCAUUGGCAUCACCUUCAUCGACAUGAGCGUGGGCAACGUGAAGGAAGUGGACCGGCGCAGCUUCGACCUCACUACGCCCUACCGCAUCUUCAGCUUCUCUGCUGACUCAGAGCUAGAGAAGGAGCAGUGGCUGGAGGCCAUGCAGGGAGCUGUCGCCGAGGCCCUGUCUACCUCAGAGGUGGCCGAGCGCGUCUGGGCUGCAGCCCCCAACAGGUUCUGUGCUGACUGCGGGGCUCCCCAGCCUGACUGGGCCUCCAUCAACCUCUGUGUCGUCAUCUGCAAGCGCUGUGCAGGGGAGCACCGUGGCCUGGGCGCUGGCGUCUCCAAGGUGCGGAGCCUGAAGAUGGACAGGAAGGUGUGGACAGAAACACUUAUCGAGCUCUUCUUACAGCUGGGGAAUGGCGCUGGGAACCGCUUCUGGGCAGCCAACGUGCCCCCCAGUGAGGCCCUGCAGCCCAGCAGCAGCCCCAGCACCCGGCGGUGCCACCUGGAGGCCAAGUACCGUGAGGGCAAGUACCGCCGCUACCACCCACUCUUUGGCAACCAGGAGGAGCUGGACAAGGCCCUGUGUGCUGCAGUCACCACCACAGACCUGGCUGAGACUCAGGCGCUCCUGGGCUGUGGGGCCGGGAUCAGCUGCUUCUCGGGGGACCCCGAGGCCCCCACGCCCCUGGCUCUUGCAGAGCAGGCGGGGCAGACACUGCAGAUGGAAUUCCUUCGGAACAAUCGGACCACAGAGGUGCCUCGGCUGGACUCGAUGAAGCCCCUGGAAAAGCACUACUCAGUUAUCCUGCCGACCGUGAGCCACAGUGGCUUCCUCUACAAGACCGCCUCUGCCGGCAAGCUGCUGCAGGACCGCCGGGCCCGGGAAGAGUUCAGCCGGCGCUGGUGUGUCCUUAGUGACGGGGUCCUGAGCUACUAUGAGAAUGAGCGGGCAGUGACCCCCAACGGAGAGAUUCGGGCCAGCGAGAUUGUGUGCCUGGCAGUGCCCCUUCCCGAUACCCAUGGCUUUGAGCACACCUUUGAGGUGUACACAGAGGGAGAACGGCUGUACCUGUUUGGGCUGGAGAGCAUGGAGCAGGCUCAUGAGUGGGUCAAGUGUAUUGCUAAGGCAUUCGUGCCUCCCCUGGCUGAGGAUCUGCUGGCCCGCGAUUUUGAGCGGCUCGGACGCCUACCCUACAAAGCUGGCCUGAGCCUACAGCGGGCCCAGGAGGGCUGGUUCUCUCUCAGUGGCUCGGAGCUCCGCGCUGUCUUCCCGGAGGGGCCCUGCGAAGAGCCGCUGCAACUACGGAAACUGCAGGAGCUUUCCAUCCAGGGGGACAGUGAGAACCAGGUGCUGGUGCUGGUGGAGCGAAGGAGGACACUGUACAUACAGGGCGAGCGGCGGCUGGACUUCAUGGGUUGGCUGGGGGCCAUCCAGAAAGCAGCCGCCAGCAUGGGGGACACGCUGUCGGAGCAGCAGCUUGGGGACUCGGAUAUCCCGGUGAUCGUGUACCGCUGUGUGGACUACAUCACGCAGUGCGGCCUGACCUCCGAGGGCAUCUACCGCAAGUGUGGGCAGACGUCGAAGACGCAGCGGCUGCUGGAGAGCCUGCGGCAGGAUGCGCGCUCUGUGCACCUCAAGGAGGGCGAGCAGCACGUGGAUGAUGUUUCCUCGGCGCUCAAGCGCUUCCUGCGCGACCUGCCCGAUGGGCUCUUCACUCGUGCCCAGCGCCUAGCCUGGCUGGAGGCCUCAGAGAUUGAGGAUGAGGAGGAGAAGGUCUCCAGGUACCGAGAGCUCCUGGUGCGGCUGCCACCUGUCAACCGGGCCACAGUGAAGGCCCUUAUCAGCCACCUGUACUGUGUCCAGUGCUUCUCAGACACGAACCAGAUGAAUGUGCACAACCUGGCAAUUGUGUUUGGGCCCACGCUCUUCCAGACAGAUGGGCAGGACUACAAGGCUGGCCGUGUGGUAGAAGACCUCAUUAACCACUAUGUGGUGGUGUUUAGUGUGGAUGAGGAAGAGCUCAGGAAGCAGCGGGAGGAGAUCACUGCCAUUGUGAAGAUGCGUGUGGCUGGCACUGCCAGUGGGACCCAGCAUGCUGGUGACUUCAUCUGCACAGUGUAUCUGGAGGAGAAGAAGGCAGAGACCGAGCAGCAUGUCAAGAUCCCAGCAUCCAUGACUGCUGAGGAGCUCACCCUGGAGAUCCUGGAUCGCCGGAAUGUAGGCAUCAGGGAGAAGGAUUAUUGGACCUGCUUUGAGGUUAACGAGAGGGAGGAGGCAGAGCGCCCCCUGCACUUUGCGGAGAAGGUGCUGCCCAUCUUGCACGGGCUGGGCACGGACAGCCACCUGGUGGUGAAGAAGCACCAGGCUAUGGAGGCCAUGCUGCUGUACCUGGCCAGCCGUGUCAGUGACACCAAGCAUGGCAUGAUGAAGUUCCGUGAGGACCGCAGCCUCCUGGGCCUGGGCCUGCCCUCAGGUGGCUUCCACGAUCGCUACUUCAUCCUCAACAGCAGCUGCCUGCGGCUCUACAAGGAGGUCCGGAGCCAGAGGCCGUGGAGCGGGGCCCCUGAGACCGUGAGUAGCUGUGGGCUGACUGCCAGCUGCCUUACACCACCUGGGGGCCAAAUGAGCUGGAGUCACCGGCCUGAGAAGGAGUGGCCCGUCAAGAGUCUCAGAGUCUACCUGGGAGUGAAGAAGAAACUCAGGCCACCCACCUGCUGGGGCUUCACAGUGGUGCAUGAAACAGAGAAACAUGAGAAACAGCAGUGGUACCUCUGCUGUGACACACAGAUGGAGCUCCGGGAGUGGUUUGCUACCUUCCUGUUCGUGCAGCACGACGGCCUGGUGUGGCCCUCAGAACCCUCACGUGUGUCCCGGGCGGUGCCUGAGGUCCGGCUGGGCAGCGUGUCACUGAUCCCCCUUCGAGGUAGUGAAAAUGAAAUGCGCCGGAGUGUGGCUGCCUUCACCGCGGACCCUCUCUCUCUCCUGCGCAACGUUUGAGCACAGGAGCCCAUCGUUGGCUCUAGGAUUCCACCGCUGGAAGCCUGUUCAGACACCCCUUAUGCUCCAAGGCCUGGUGUGAGCCAGUAGGGGGUGCUUGGGAAACUGCACCCCACACCCCACAUCCUCCAUCCUGACUGCAGCAUGGGGUUCCCCGGCAGGGGUGGGAGGCAGCAGGGUCAGCCUGGGCGGGAACCUCUCCCAACCUGCUCCCCCCCGCCGGGUUCACUGUCCCUGUGGUGCUGGAGAGAUGGGCAUAAGUCAGGAACUUGGGAGGAUCACCACCCUUUCAGGGGCAUGAGGCCCUGGGGCCUCCGCCAGAAGGGAGCCCCCUGCUACCCCCAGCAAACUCCGGAAGAGCAGAAAGCGGGUGCUCUAGAGGAGCACUCAGCUCAGGGGGAGGGAGCUUUUGGCUGAGCUUCUACAGGGCUGAGAGCUGCGCUUUGGGGACUUCAGCCUCCCUUCCAGUAUGAGCUGACUGGGGGGUCCAGACUACCUGAUGCCCCUUCCCCCAUUUGGGGUUUUUUGAUAACAUAAACAUAUCUGUAUAUUUUACCCUA